AUGAACUGCUAGGACUUGUUCAGAAAACGAAGUUCAUCAAAGAAGAACCUGAACAGGAACAAAAGUCCUGCUUCAGGCACUGCCACUCCAACAGGCAGCGUUCAAAACUCGCCCAAAAAGUACAGAGGAAGCAGAACAUCCGCCAGUCUCAAAGUCAGAAAUCUCCUGGGAAAAGUCUGGGCUAGAGAUUCCAAGUCAAAAAGUUGCGAAAAUUUGCAUGUACUUUAAAAAAGUGUUUUAUUUCGGUUAUUUAGUUGAAUUAAAAAUAAUUAUGUACCUUUCAUGAUGGAUUUUCAGCAAUUUAGCAAAUGUCUACUUCAGUGAAUACUAAAUUCGUUGGAAGGAUAAAACUUCAAAAAUAUUUUCUUCUCACAUCUCAAAGUAUAUCCUGAAGAGUAGCCGUUUUGGUAUCAUUUCAGAAAAAUUCAUCAUGAAACGGUCUGCGCACACUGAUGUUUUAAAAAAGUGCACAAUUUUCUCCACCCACAAUUGUGAUAUUGGUUUAGUUUUAUGUUGAUGAUCUGUUUACAUUUAUGUGUAAGGUAUCAGAAAAAUUUCAAACAGAAGUGAAGAAAGAAUACACUGUGAUAAAAGCACAGUGAUAUGAACAGAAAUAAAGCUGCAUUUUUCAUGGUUUCAGGUUUCAAGAAAGUUUGUUUGCUAAGGAAAAAUAAAUUUAAAGUCUCAAACAUUCAUUGUGUAGUGCAACAAGAAAAUUAACUUGGAAGCAAGAUGGAAGAAGGGUCGGUUUUGCCUGUCUAAGUUUUUAGGGUCCUGGGUUUUAGUGUUUGCGGGAUUGUGAUAGGGAACCUACAACAGUUCAAAGUCAUAUGUCGCAUCUGUCCUUGAGAGUCUUGAUUUUUCUAGCAAUUUUCUGAAGACUGAAGGAGGAGGAGGAUCAACAUUGGCCACGGAUUCGUAUUCAGUAGGCAAAGGUACUUCGGAAAUCGUAUGCCGCAUGUGCAGAAAAAAUCGCUCCUCAAAAGUCUUCAUUCUUGUGAAGACUGCUCCUGCAGAUGGAAGAGUGAUAGAGCUGAAAUUACUAUGAUUCGUAAAUCGGAGACUAAAGUACUCCAGAAUCAUAUAUCGCAUGUGCAGAGCCAAUCAUUCUUGAAAUAUCUUCAUUUUCUGAUGGUUUUCAAGACUGAAAGGGAGGUUGAGCAGAAAUGACCACGGAUUUGUGUUCAGAAGACAAACGUGCAUCGGAAACCAUAUAUCACAUGCAAGUUAAAGAAACCCGUUUUCUGUAGGCCUGAGUGGUGAGUCCACAAGAGUGAAAAUAGUUAAAAUAGAGUGAGAGGUUAUUAAGAAAGUAUUGGUUUUCCAUUGAUGGUAUUUUUCCUGUUUUAGGGGCUGGUUGGGGGAUACUAAGAGGAGUGGUGGUGGUCUGCUCAGGGUGACAUCGACUUGUUCUUUAGUAGAUACAACAUGAACUUAUUUUUAACAAUUCCAUCCAAAUUAAAUUUUAGACAAAAACUGGCCUUAGUAACUCUCCUCCUUUGAUAAUUAAAUUAUUUUUCAACCAGGAGCUUUUUACGCCAUAGGGAGGUGAAAUAAAUUUAGCGUUCACUAUAUUUAAAUUUACAGAUGCUCAUUGACCACAAGAACUGCCUAUUUGUUGCUAGACAAUGGCAAAACUAUGGAUAACCGGUGAUACAGUACGAUUGAUUGUAAUUUUAGAGCCACUAUCCAUUUGGAGGCAACCCUAGAAUUUUUUGACUCACUCGAUAACCAGUCAUAGAUGAUUUUUUUUAAUUAUAAGCGUUUAUGUGCCUUGUGGCGUUAGAGCUGGAGGUGUUUCACACCUUUUGUUGUUAUUUUUCAUCGCAGUAUAAGCAUCUACUUUAUGCCUUUGUCACCUGAAAAAGCAGGAUGUUGGCACACUCUGGUAACAUUUUAGUCUAAAAACAGGUAUUUUAACGAAAUUCCUAUGGAAAAUCAGCUUUUUUCUGUAUCUAUCAAACAAUUCUAUACACCAAAAUAGUGCAGUGUUUUAUUUUGAGGCUAAGUGAAAGAUGUUCUUAGACGUGCAACAUGCCUGUCGUUACAGUUACCUGUAUUCGUCACCUGUAUCAAAUUGUCAGGUGAAAGAAAAUAUACAGUUUGCAACAACAAAUACUACACAAUUCAAGCGUAAAAAAUAGUAAAUCGUGCAAAUGGCAGCACUGGGUCGGUGCUGCACCUUCGUUGAUAUCUGCUUUGGUUCCUAUCCAGUGUUUCUGUUUACUCUCUAAGGUUCUUUACAAGUGCUGAAUUGACAGAUAACUGUUGACUGGCAAAUAGUGAAUCAGAACAUUGAUAUUACUAGGCAAUAAUAUUGAAGGUAUUAAUUACUGGUUAAUAUUAAAUUAAGUACUAUAAUCAUAAUGGGUCCACAAAUUGUCGUAUUAUAGAUACGUAGAAUUAACAAUAUAGAGAAUUUAUUAGUUGGUAGGGCUUUAAGAUAAUACAGUGAAAACUUGAGCUCAAUAAGAUUUACAUUAACACAAAUAUUGAAAAUGUAUAUGUUCAUUAUAGUUUACGUAACAAUGAUAAGUUAAAAAAUUUAGAAACUCCGAUACCCUGCCAUAAGAUUAAUGAGUGGGCAAGUGUGAUAUACCUUGUAUACAGAGUGUCCCUGAAUAUACAAACAUGUCAAUGUCAGGUAUGCAUGUAAAACACACAAAAAUGUCAUAAGCACCUUUAAAAAUAUAAAUAUGAAAUAAGGAAACAAAAGUAACAGAACGGUUUUAUGUUUUUUCAGGUAAAGUACUUUUCAAAAAGUCGUCAGCUAACUUUGAACAAGGAAGUCGAAUGGUAGACUUGGAUUUAGCUUUGAGCCUCUCCUUCACCCUUAUUUGAAGACCAACAUUUUUUUUUAAUGAAAGGCUACUUUUUGAAACCGGCAAUCGACAGAACGAAAAAUUCUACAUUCAAAUAUAUUUUAAAAUCUUAGAUCACCUCUAAAGAUCAAUUAAUGGUGUGAAUAGUUUGUGGCUAGAGAAGACUCAAGAUCUUCGCUGGAAGUUACUAAAUCCCUGUCCUUAAUAAUUUUAUCCAUCAAUAAUUCUGUUAAGCUUCUCUGAAAUUCGUUUAGUCUCACUCAUUACCUUCGUUUGACCUUCAGGAGUCUGUUUAGGACUGAGAACAACUUUUCUCCACAUAACUUUCGCACUUUGUACAAUGUCUGGAGUGAUGCCACCCCGAUGACAAUAUCUAUGACCGAUGCUUUCCAGAGGAGGACUGCCUGACUGAUCUAUGACCCUUCUUUAACGAACAGUCUCAGGACCCUUUUGCAUCGGCGGGCUGCUGGCGAUCUAGCUCUCUUCUACCGCUCUACCACUGUGUCAACAGGUCUAGCUCCUCAUAUCUGUUCUCCAUAAUGCCGCCGCGCGUUGAGCCUGCCAGAUCCGCCAGGCUUCUACCUCGCAUCUCAACCCUGUCGAACGACAAACAUCAAGCACUGGCAAGUGCGGCCCCUCCUGCGUUCCUAGGUUGUCGAGGUUGUGGGACAGUCUACCUUAGCGGGCUUUUAUUUUUCUUUCUGCCUAAGCGGCUGCUUAUAUAUCGAGAAAGAACCGACCUUAACCUUUUCCAAAAAUACCUUACCUGGAAAAACACGAAUCCGUUCUGUUACUUUUGCUACAUCCGAGCUUUUGUAAGAUCCUUACCGAAAAUUUUAAUAUGCUACAAAACGCUUGUGAGAUAAGGUAUCGGACAAAGAGAUACAGAGGGAUUUUCCCCUAUAACAGUAACAUUUGUAAAGCGCAUAUCUUCGUACUUCCUUCUCUGUAUGUUCUGCACAUGUUCAAUAUGAGCUACAUAAUUAUUUAUGAGAUGAAUAUGAUGUUAAUUUAAAUCUUUUCCAAGCUCUUCCAUAUAACGCUUAUAUGUCCUAAUAUAUAACUAGAUUUUUUAAUUACAAUAAAAACCGUUAGGAGAGUUUUUCAUUACUCAGAAAGGGACAUAAAACAUUGACAUUGACUUACGUAUCCUGAAAAUACCCAAUUAAAAUAAGUAUCAAAAAGGGUCUAGAGCUCCUAGUGCCAUCUAUGAGGCAGUAGCAGAACCAAACACUCAAACUUCUUUCCAAGCAGAUUUCUGCAUUUUUGUGUUAUUCUAGUGAUUCAAAGAUGGCGAUAGUACCUUUCAGAUCCCUCUUGGAUGUCGACAUACAGUAUAUGGUUGGGUAUCUUCAGGUAAAAUACGUUAAUCAAUGAUGAUAUCUAUUUAGCUUAAUGAUCACGUAAAAAAUAUUUGAAGAGUUCCGAUCAUAUACAUUGUAACACUCAAAUAUAUAUUUUUUCAAAUUUUCUUUGUGAUGAGAACCUCUUCGUACUUAAUUAUAAUGUUUACAUAAUCCUUAUACACAAAAACAAGGUACAACAAAACUUGGCGAGCGGUGUAGCUUUAAAAAUAGAUCUUAUUAUACUAACUUCUUUAACCGAUUAUUUUCGUAUUAUCACUUAGUUGCUUGACCUAGAUUCUUUGAAAGUCAUAUUCGAAUACAUUCGAACGAAAAUGUCUUAUCUACUUUUUGAAAUAAAAUCAAAGAACCUGCUUCUUUUCAAAGAAACUAAGUUGAAGCAGUAUCCAAACUGAGUUUAGCUUUCUUUAGAGAAAAUGCAAUAGGCAAAGUAUAUGUAUGUGAUACUUAUAAUUUUGAUAGUUUUAUGACUAGAUCAUAUCUGUCAGUCAAAUUGUAGAAGAGAAAAUUGUGGGUGAUGUGAUCUGACUAAGCUUGGAGGACGUUUGAUUUAUGUUUUCACGCCUAAAGGUAUAAGGGAGCAAACGAUCUUAGGCUAGUGUGAAAAAUUAUGAAGUUGCGAGCUUCUGGAAAACAAGCAUUACAAAUAUAAAGAAAAGUUAUGAAUAAGAUGUUUGAAAUAGCUUUAAGUCAUACGUGAGAACACUGCAUAAAUCUUAUAUGUAACUAAUUGAGGUAUUGUAAUACAAGAAUCUUAGUCGGAUGUUGUCAAGAAUCUAACGACGUUUUAAGGUAAAUGUUGAUAUCGAAACUAAUUCAAUAUUGUACAGAGGAAUCCAAAUAUCACUGACUAAUGUGUACGAGAGAGCAGCGCGAAAAGCGUGCAGCACGUUUGUUAGAAGCAGUGCGCCUUUGGCAACAUGACAAACAGCAGCUGCGUCACUCGAUGUGCUAGGCAACGUGGUGCUUGUAUCUUUUUCUAACACGUAUUGCAUGCUUCUCGCGCAUCUCUCUCGUUCGCAUUACGACGUGAAUGGUAUGUGGAUUUCUCUGUAUACAAGACAUGCUGGUAAUCUCGAUAAUAAAUAAGGGUUUAUUUUGAAAAUCUAAUCAAAAUCAAGACUAUGGUUAGGCGAUGUUCAUCGUAAUCGGCACCCACAAUUUUUUCUAAAUCAUUCUUUACAUAUUUAGCAUUAAAAUUAGAUCAAUUUAAUCAAAAUUAUAUCAUUGUUCGUAGACAUUUUCGACCAAUUUUUAUUUCUUGUGCCUUGAGGCUUGCGAAAAGAGUAUUGAGAUUAUAAACAAUAAGCAUUUACGUGUAAAUGGUUGUUUGAAUUUAAACCAAGCGACAAGAAAUGGAGGAGAAAAUAUGAAAGCAGUAGGAAACUAGGAAUAUAAGAUUUUCUUUUAUAAUACAUCAUAUCUCAGUGUUAACUACCAUAUACAGUAUUUAAGAUAUGCAGAGCGUCUCAUCUACUGUUAUAACAUAUACAGAAAAAUUCCAGAUGCAAAAACUAGAAAUUUAGAAUUUCAAAGCCAUACGAGAUAAAAAAUAGUUUUGUCAGAAUUGAAGCUGCGAUCUUUAGUUUUCCCAAGUCGACGCUACUGGCUUUUAUAGAUGAAUAUUUUGAGCACUCUCUGAAGCUAUACAGUGCUGACCAAAGUCGUUUUCCCUUUUAUAUUCCGAUGAGUAUGAGCGAGAGAGAGAGAGCGGGUUGCAUGCAACACAUAUGGCAGAGUGCGUCCUAUAGACCUCGUGCAGCCGCUCUCCGCGCCCUUCCCCCACUGCUAUUGCCAGGCAAAGUGGUGACAACGAUUAUAUGACGCACUCUUUCUAACACGCUUCUCUCUCGUACAUAUGGAAAUCUGAAAGGUAAAACGGCUUUGUCCAGUAUUUUUUUUGUAGAGGUUUAUCAGGCAAAACUUUCAGUAAACACCAUUUUGGGACGGUCUGCAUAUAAUCGUAAUUUUAAAAGGUUUUUGAAUAUCUGAAUGUAUUUUCCUUGUGCUAUAUAUCUUCCAAUAUAUGUAAUUUGCUGUUUAUUAGAUAAUUCUAUAAUUCUAUAUGUUUAGCUUGUAGUUUAAAGGUUCGCUAAGAAUUUAUUCUAAUAUAGGCAUGAGAAUAUUAUUUCUAGUUUGCGGUAAUAUAUUGUUUAUCAGACAAAUUUGAUUUGAUUUUUCCAGUUACGUUGGCAACAUGAAUGUUUACAAGCCAACCGUGUCCUACUCCUUUACUGUGCAAAAAUAUGAUAAGGUAAAAUUACAAAAUUCAUAGUCUGAUGCAAAUCAAGUUGAGGAUUUUUAUUGCUAAUAUUAGAAUGAAUUCAUGUUGAAUGAAUAGAAUAAGUGCCAAUUAUUUAUGAUUUCAAGCCACUUUUGCCCCUUAUUGAUUUUCAACUUUUUUCCAAUAUGUAAUCUCCGAAAUUAGCUGGACAAUUCUAUUCCCUUAUCUUUUCAACACCUUAUAGCCCAGGCAGUAUAUUCCCACUCGCUCAAAAAAACAUUUUUGUUCGUUUUUUUGCAGAGUCUUAUUCAUUCAAUACUUUUAUGCACGCUAACCCCAAAAUUGCAUCUAAAAUUGUUUAAGGAGUUUUUAGAGCAAAUUUCAAAAGUUGUUUAUGCAGUUUUCUUAAUGUAUUCCAAAAAUUGUUUUUUCCGCUCUGAACGAAUAGGUUUUAUACAAUUUUCUCUCAAGGUGAUACUGCUCGAUAUAUAAGCCAUUUAAUUUUUUAACAAGAGCAAAAUAUGCGAUCUUCGACCCCGAAAAACACUAUAAAAACAGAAAUUUUAAUAUCACCAAGGUUUCUAAAUAAUCUUCAAGAAUAUAUUAACAGAAUAACAAUAACAAUAUCCCUUUAACUACUUCGAAUAUUAAGGAUCGAAAAUUACACUUUUUGUAAUACUGAAUCGAUUAUAUUUCGAAAACUAUAAACAUUAGAAGAAACCUUUUUUAUUCGGAAUGACCCAAAAACCCGAGAAAACUUUGUUCGGAGGUAAAACAAAUUUAGGAAUUUGUGAAAAACGGAAUUUUUUUGGCAACAUGCAGAUUUGUUGAAAAGGGUUCUUUUUGAAUAACAUUAUACAACAAAAAAAUGAAUCAGAAUAUUUUUCAGAGCGGUUGUGAAGAUACUUCCUGGACUAUUACUAUAAAAACAGACUGUAAACAAAGAGAGGACACAACAUUGCGCAACAUAUCCUCACGUAUCGUAUUUGAUCCUGACACAAUGGACAAAAUAAAAUCAAAAUAUGUAGAUAUCUUUUCAAAAUCUUUUUAGAAUCCUUAGAACUUCUUAAACUGCACAACUUGAAGCUCAAAACAUUUAUUAACGUAUUCUUUUGGAAGAUAUCCAACCUAUAUGCCCUUAUCUGAAAAAUGAUGAGACAAAAUGAGAUAUCUUAGCGUCAUCUAUAAGAACCUGUUACAGCUGCUUCUGUAUUUACUAUAUACAUACUUUUAAAACAUUGCUGUCUUAUAGAUGGCGCUGCCUAUACCCUCUUUUAUGAUCAUACAAUUGGCUGUGUGACACUUACCUUAUCAAAGCAUAUAUAGUAAAUAGAGGAACAGCAGUAACAAAUUCUCAUCGAUGACGCUGCAGUUUCUCAUCUUAUCUCGGAUAAUUUUUUUGAUUCGGGAAUAUAGCAUUCCGUUGUCUAUCUUCAGGUAGAAUGCAUUAAUCAAUGCUUGAAGUCGUACAAGUUCGUAAAUUGUAACAUCAAACUAACGUACCAAAUGUCAGCGGAAGUACAAAAACAGUAUGUUAAGAAACUUGACCCGAAAUUGAGCAGUUUGCCGGACACCUCUUUAAUAACUGCAAUCUCUGUCCUAUCAAUCGCAUCUAUAUAAUUUUUUUCAAAAGACCUGAUAGUGAAAUAUAUACAAGAUGGCCGAUCACGCCGUACUAUAAAUGUCUUUUUUAAUUUGUAUUGCUGAGACAAUACCAUUGUGUUAACUGAUGGAUAUCUUGUAUAUACCAAAUAUAAAAACCCAAACUAAAAGAAUCACUCCUGAUGUACUUAUUAUAGCAAAAGACAAAAUGCACAUUUGGAAUUUUGAAUAUUUGUAAAUUUAUAUAUUAUUACGUAUAUUGUAAUCUUA